UUCUCUCAUACUGUCUGGAAAGUUCUCUGCCCUUCUAAAACGCUUGUCAGAACCCGUACUGCCAGACAACGUUAACGGAAAGCAUCCCCGCUCAAGUCCAGUCAGCUAGUUUGAUACGUUUGAUUAGUGGUAGCAGGUUUGGUUGCUUUCAGUUUCACACGGAAACGUGUAUAGUUUAAUAUUAGCUAGAAAGCUAAGAGUUUGAGCGACGCAUGUUAGCUUGACAUUAAUUUGUUGAUAGUCGGCUCCUUGUUUGUGCACUUGGCGUGGUUUGAAGUAACCGUAGCUGUAGCCACCGUUGCUACUAACUAGUGUCAGUCAGUGGUCUCAGGUUUUGCUGCAAGUCCGACAUUUGUCUAAAAAUGACCGCAGAGGAGCAGUCAAACGAAGGACAGCACGCGAUCCCGCUGGAAGGGGAAGACAUCACACCAAAGAAAGAUGGGGGUGUUCUAAAGGUUAUUAAGAGGGAAGGUACAGGGACUGAACUCCCCAUGACUGGUGACAAAGUGUUUGUCCAUUAUGUGGGGACGCUCUUGGAUGGGACACACUUUGACUCGAGCAGAGACAGAGGAGAAAAGUUUUCCUUUGAGUUGGGCAAAGGUCAAGUAAUAAAAGCAUGGGACAUUGGUGUGGCCACAAUGAAAGUAGGAGAGUUGUGCCAACUUGUCUGCAAGCCAGAGUAUGCUUAUGGAUCUGCAGGCAGCCCACCCAAGAUACCCCCAAAUUCCACUCUUGUUUUUGAGGUUGAACUGUUUGAUUUUCGAGGAGAAGAUAUAACAGAGGAUGAAGAUGGAGGAAUCAUUCGACGUAUUAUCACUAAGGGGGAGGGAUAUUCAAAGCCAAAUGAAGGGGCUACUGUUGAAGUCACUGUGCAGGGUACUCAUGAUGAACGCAUUUUUGACGAGAGAGAACUGAAAUUUGAGAUUGGAGAUGGAGAAAGUUUUAACUUGCCAGCUGGGUUGGAGAAGGCUAUCAUGGCCAUGGAGCAGGGCGAGGAGGCCUUAUUCACCAUUAAGCCUAAGUAUGGCUAUGGUAAUGCAGGGAAUGCAAAGUUGAACAUUCCUGCUGGAGCAACACUGCAGUACAAGAUUAAACUCACGGCCUUUGAGAAGGCAAAGGAGUCAUGGGAAAUGAACACACCAGAAAAGUUGGAGCAAAGCAGUAUCAUCAAAGAGAAAGGAACACAAUAUUUUAAGGAUGGAAAAUACAAGCAGGCAUCUGUUCAGUACAAAAAGAUAGUUUCAUGGCUGGAACAUGAGUCUGGUUUGUCAGAGGAAGAUGAGAAGAAGGCGAAGACGUUGAGGCUGGCUGCACAUUUGAACCUGGCCAUGUGCUACCUUAAACUUCACGAACCAAACCAAGCUUUGGAAAACUGUGACAAAGCUUUGGAGAUGGACGCCUCCAAUGAAAAGGCCCUGUUUCGAAGGGGGGAGGCACUUUUUGCUAUGAAUGAGUUUGACAAGGCAAGAGAUGACUUCCAACGAGUAGUUCAGCUGUAUCCUGCCAACAAGGCUGCCAAGAGUCAGGUCAUGCUCUGCCAGAAACGUCUGAAGGAGCAGCAUGAGAAAGACAAACGCAUUUAUGCCAACAUGUUCCAGAAAUUUGCAGAGAGGGACUCGAAGCAGAAAGAAGCAGGAAAGGUAAAGAGUGACAACAAGGAGAAUGGAACUGAGGAAAUGGAGGUGGAGAAUGGAGAACAGGAAGUUGCAAGUGAAGCAAAAGCAUAAAUGAAGAUCCAUAUCCCUGUGGUUCAACUGUAUUUAGACUUUUGUAACUGGGUAUUCAGGCCACCAAUGUUGAAAGUGUGGUUGUGUGUAUGCAGAACGUGAGAAUGAGUCUGAUAGCGAGCACUGACCCUAGUGCGUCUUUCUCCAUGUCUAAGCUUUUUGCUGUGGCAGCUAGCUGAGUGAGUGGAGCAUCCUCAGCUGACGGCCCUAUGGGAUGGGAAUUUCAUGGAUUAAAUAGUCACCACCUUAACUCCAAACCUGUCAACUCACAGCUUUAAACUGUGCAUGUUAUUUUCCCCAGCAUUCUAGGUAUAAACAAGUCUAUUGCAAAUGUAGAAUUUCCAAACCCUCAACUGUGAAGGGCUAUACUUUUUUUCUGUCUUGAACCCUUUGUUUAUUUGAUAUGUUCCUCCUUUAGCCUCUUGAUGGGCCUCUUGAUCAAUCCCUGAAGUUGCGACUGUUUGCAUAGUUCUUAAUUUUAAAUGUUAGUGCCUGUGUGUCCAAAAAGUGUGUAUACUUAAGAAGCACUGUGGAGAGAGGCAUGGUGGAGAAACUCAGUUUAAUCCCUGGGAUUACAGGACUGUUCUCAUUUUCUCUGAAAUAUUCAUACUUCUCCUUCCCCUUUCUGUUAUCGUGUUUGUGCUAUUGAUCUUCUCAGAGAUAUCAACGGAAAAUGUUUUCAAGCAGCUACUGUAAUAUUUGUGAGUUUAUGCUGAAAAGUUGAGGGAAACGUUUCUCAGCUUAUAAAGAAAUCUAUGAAAAUGUGCAUAUACAGCUUAUUACAGAAGUCAGUUAGGAACAAUUAUAGAAAGAGGUUCAUUUUAAUAUUCAGGGUCAAGUUGAAUCAAAUAUCCAACCCAAAGUUGGGUUUAUCCUUUGGGGGAACGCUCACUGGUCGCUGGAUUCUGACAAAUAAGAAACGUAACUUGCAGAUUUCUUUUUUUAUUUUGCAUAAUGCUUUUUUAUGUUAACAGUUAAGUUCUCCUGUAUUUUUCUGUGUGUAAUUUGUACACUUAAAAACGUUUGAAAUCUGUGUUUACACUAAAAAUAAAGAAUAAGAAAUUCA